CUGAAUUACAACACAUGCAGCAUCCAUUUAUAGCUCUGUAUCGCGGUUAAAAACUGCACUCAAAUACGAUGGCGAUAAACGAUACCUCGCAGGCUUGUUGCUAAUAAUUGCUAAUGUGAUAUUUAAUUUGAAAGAGGCUCUUUCACAUACAGACAACGGUGCCAUAUAACUCUAUUAGAUAGCUUUUAUGUCUUUAUAAUUUCUCCAUGUCAAUAUCAACGUACAGUUCGUUUAUUGCCAACAUAUUAUAUUUAGCUCGUGCUCUUAAUCACUAGAGGUAGUAAACUUACCUGUUGAGGGGUCUGAUCAAAGUGUCACAAGCUAUAGAAUCCUGCGGAUCGUCAGCGGUCGAAAACGUCUAUUAACUCUAUUGUUGGAAGUGGUCAUCUAUUUCCGGGAAAUAGCUAAUUUCAGAUAGUUUACAACUUGAGGGAACAAGCCCACACUUUCCCAUCAAUCCACAGCAGGGUUUAAGAUCCGGCCUUUCUGACACAUAAGCAAAACUCAGUGCUUUCUACGAUAUGGGAAGAUUCCACCUCAGCACUUACAUCCAGGUAAACGCCCUGAUAGCGGGUGUGGGCGUGGCCACCUACCUUCUCGCGCAUGACACCAUACAGCGCGUUAAACACAACACAGACAGUGCAGACUUGGUUGUACACAAUCAUACCCUUAUAGGGGCAUUUUCACAUGUCAGAAUAUGGGAUAUGUUUGUGCUGCACGCCGGGGUAGUGAUACGCAAUGCCGUUAUAUUGGCGGCGUUGACGUUUCUUACAAGACACAAACCGGUCAUAGUACCACCUCAACGGAAGGGGUCGGCGAAAAAUACAGAUGACGUGCAUUCUGAGAAGAACAAGUUAGAAAGUAUACCAACUGAGAAUAUGCAUGCUUCUGGUAUAGCGCGCGAGUUAUUAGCCGCAGAUGAAGGUUGGGAAGCCAGGAAAGCAUGCGUAGUUUGUGACAGCGAAGUGCGGGCACAAGUUUGCGAUACGAUGAAACUGGCAAUGAAUGGUGCAAGUAGUGCUAAUAAUAGAAUACAACACACACUAGGAUCGAAAUCAAGGAGUAUUCACAACGAAGAGCAUACAUCAAAUGCCACAGAUAUUAGCUACAGCAGCGCACGAGUCUGCGGGAAGGAGCGGAAGUGUGAGCUGUCCUCAAGUACACAGCAAUCAGAUUCAGGACUAACGCAAGAACAAUACUCGCUGAAAGACGAGAGUGGUGUAGAGGGUAGCAAGGGGAUGCCACUCAAAACAAUCGAUACGAAAAUUGGGUUAGGAGUGAAAGAAACUGAACCCAGCUCGUAUUUCUCAGGGGAAAAUAGGGAGAUGAUCUUGCGGAUGGUGUUCAUAGCGGGUGUAUCCGAGAUAUUCAGCCUGAUGUACCAGCUACCACGUACCACGGAUGUAGCUUUACCUACAGUUGACGUACUGAAAGAAGGGUGGCAGGGUAUGGCUACCAACUGCAUGGCUAUGGCGAAUAGCACGCUCGCGUAUAAUAUAUCUACAGUACAAGACCUGAACCAUACUACAGUUAACUUUGUGGCAGAUGUAGGCCGUAUGUAUACAGAACCGCAUACUGGAAUAGAUAGCGUAUAUCUGUUGCUCAGUUACGGAUGCCUAUUCAUUGGCGGGUGGGUGGCCUUCACGUUCAAGAUGCUGUGGUUUGAACUUAUUUUUGAUUUGUGCCACUACUGGGCACAUCGGGUUUUCCACAGUCACAAGUGGUUGUACCGAAAUUUCCACAAACUGCACCACCGCCACCUGCACCCCUCACCGCUGACCACCUACAUGCAGGGCUGUGGAGAUGUGUUGCUAAGCAACACAUUACCUUUUUGCGUGGCCCUGAGUGUCUCGCCUGUAUUUAGUGAGCUGGAGUUGUACGUGUUGUUAAGUUAUAAAACCUUUGUGGAGGUGGCUGGACACACGGGUAAGGUUAGCAGAGCGAGCUCGUUUCCGGCUAUGCCUCCGUUGGUGAAUGUGUUGGGGAUCGAUCUGCACACAGAGGACCACGACCUGCACCAUACUCAUUUCAACUACAACUACAGCAAACGGUUUGUGCUAUGGGACAAACUGUUCGGUACAUACUACUACAUAGACAGCUCAGAGAAGGGAUGAGAGUGAAAGGAGCGGACAAGGGAGGUAUGUAUGAGGUGUUGAAGAGUUCAAGAGCCCUAUAAUCGGUAACUUGCAUCGUAUGAGGGUAUGCAAUAAGUACCUGGGGUUGGAAGGUGCAUUUUUUUCGACGAUCUCGCACAUCCCGGUGGCCGGGUCUACUGUUUGAAACAGAAAAAACCGGUCGCAACAGUGACUAAUCCGGGGAGGCAGCAGUCAACCAAAGUACUAUAUGACGUUCGGAAAUAAGAGGAGGAAGGUGACAGAUGAGUAUUGAUGAGAAGGCGUAUAUCAACGACAACAAUGAGAACAAUUCCGAAUGCCAUACGAUGGGCCGUGCUAUCAAUGGAAACAUGCAGCCGUCAUGUGCACAUUGAUAUAGGUGAAGAAUAAACAUUAGUUGAUGGACAGG